ACAGUCACUGAGGGGGACAUGGCCAUCGCCAUGGCUCUGAACGGCGGCAUCGGCAUCAUCCACCACAACUGCACCCCCGAGUUCCAGGCCAGCGAGGUGCGCAAGGUGAAGCGGUUCGAGCAGGGGUUCAUCACGGAGCCGCUGGUGAUGAGCCCGGCGCACACCGUGGGGGACGUGUGGGACGCCAAGGCCCGGCUCGGCUUCUCGGGGGUCCCCGUCACCCACUCGGGACGCCUGGGGGGGCGGCUCGAGGGCAUCGUCACCUCCCGGGACAUCGACUUCCUGCGGGAGCGGGACAGGGGCACCCCCCUGGCCGAGGUGAUGACCAAGCGCAGGGACCUGGUGGUGGCCCCGGCUGGUGUCACCCUCAAAGAGGCCAAUGAGAUCCUGCAGCGCAGCAAGAAGGGUGAGGGGGGCACCUGCCACCCCCCUGGGGUCACACCUGGGGUCACCGUGGGCACCCCGU